CCUCUAUUCGGCCUCAACCCCCCCCCUCGGUGGCGCAGUUUAUCGUCGGUGCUACAGCUCUACAAAUCUACUAUCCUCUUUAUUAAUCCAUCUGCUUCUAAUAAACACGGUUUAAUCAGAUUAGGAUGAGCUAAGAGAUGUAAUGUGAGACCAGAGGACCAAAUGCGACCCCAGACGUGAGCCCCCCUGCUAACCCUGACUAGAAGAAGCCAGAAAAAGCCUGUGGUGAUGUUUCUCCUGCAGCUUGCUCUGCUGCUGGAGCCCAGCCUGUGGCGGGCGAGCCUGGCCAGCCCUACCGACGACAACGCACUCCGGGCCGGCCACGGAGAGCACGGAGAGCCGGGGCACAAAGACCACCACCACAAGGACUCCUACAGUACCUUCGCCUCAGAGUUCCUCGAGUCCAGGUACCUCUCGGAUGAAGGUUAUCCCUUUCCAACGGCACCUCCUGUUGACCCAUUCGCCCGCAUCAAAGUCAGCGACUGUGGAAUAACAAAAGGCUGUAUCAGGUACGGAAAGCCAGGCUGUGAUGCAGAAACGUGUGAUUACUUCUUGAGCUUCAGGCGCAUCGGCACAGAUGUGGAGUUUGAGAUGAGUGCAGACACAGAUGGCUGGGUUGCUGUGGGAUUUUCUUCAGACAAGAAAAUGGGAGGAGAUGAUGUCAUGGGCUGUGUUCAUGAUGAUAACGGGCGAGUGAGGAUCCAUCACUUCUAUAACGUGGGUCAGUGGGCUAAAGAGAUAAAGCGGAAUCCAGCACGAGACGAGGAGGGAAUCUUCGAGAACAACAGGGUCACCUGCCGCUUCAAGCGCCCACUGCACGUCCCGCGAGAGGAGACGCUGGUGGACCUGCAUCUCAGCUGGUACUACCUGUUCGCCUGGGGACCUGCUAUACAGGGUUCCAUUACGAGGCAUGACAUCGACAAUCCGCCAGUAUCUGAUCGCAUGAUCAGCAUUUACAAAUAUGAGGACAUUUUCAUGCCCGCUGCCGCCUACCAGACUUUCUCCUCCCCUUUCUGCCUCCUUCUUAUCGUGGCCCUUACCUUCUACCUGCUCAUGGGAACCCCGUAACACCCAGGGACCCCAGUGGACUGCCACAGGCACCGGGGCGAGGGGCUAAACUCAUCCUGGGGUGACUUUCUGCGACCAGCUAAGGCUUUGGCCAUAUAUAAGCAUUAGGGACUGGCAGCAAUAAAUCAGUAUCUGAGAAUUAUCACAAAAUAGCAACAGCAGCAAGCUAGCUACUGACAUGACUGCAGUAGAAAGUCAUCUCCAGCGAGCUAGACUUCCACAGGGGAGUAGAGAUUAGGACGAGGACUAUGGUAUUAUUAGCCAUAUUUACUGUAUUAAUUUAGUGUGUAUUACUGUAAGAUCAAUUCAGGAUGCCAUAGAAAUGACAAUGACAUGCCUUAUCUGUUUAACAGAUGUAUGCACAAUUACUGUGGCUAUGUCAGCUUCUUAUCCUGGUCUGUUGCAUCUCCUAUAUACGGUCUCUGUGUUUCGUAUAACUUAACGCUGUUAUGGCAUGUCAAAUCAAGUGCCAAAUGCAUGGAAAUAAUUCAGGAAAAAUGUUAAUAUAUUCACUGCUGCACAAUGACCAUCCUGUAUUCAGGGGUACUGCACUUUCUCUGCCACUAGAGGGAGCUAUAGUAAUAAUGUUCAUCCGCAGCUGCUGAGCAGAAUAUGUCCAACAGUAUUCAGACGUCCUCCAAUUAUAUAUAAACCCUUUGUUAACAAAACUACAGUAUUAACCCUUAGCAUUCACAGUGUUCACCUCAUCGAAAGGACUGUCGUUAAAAGUGCAGGUUCAAAGGUUUCCAUUGAUAUCACUACUGUGUCUGUGAGUAGAACAGCAGAUAUUUUAUUAUUACUUGAUUUUAUUAUUGAUUAAAUGUUAUUCUUCAUACA